CAUAACUAGAAACUUCUGACCAACUCAUGCCAGCAAAUUGCCCACAUCUAACGCGGCAGGGGCAGACGGGAUCGGACGAAAGUUUUCGAUAACUCAGCAAAAUGCCAUCUUACCCCCUGAACCAGUUUGCUGAGCUGGAAGAAAUGAUGUGCAAGCAUUUGCUGAAUCUCAAUCUGAGGGAGCCAAACAGAACAGUACCAUCCCUAAAUCUGGCAAUGAGAACGCCAGGUUACAUCGGCGAGCCAUGCAGAAACACCUCAUUUUCCCUCUCCUCCCUGUCCUGCCUGCCCACAGAUGCUUCUGACAGUGCAUUUCUGAGCUCCAGCCAACGAGGGCAGCAAUCAGAAAGUCACCUGCCUUCCCAGCUUGGUAAUUCCACCCAGUGGGGGAAAUCUGGCUUCUUUUCCCAACGCUCUCUGAGCAUGGUAGAAACCGGCGGCUCUACAAAAACAAGUCUAGGCUGGCCUGUGACUGAAACAAAAACCUCCCAAAGUGACAUCAGCCCCACUGCACUGAACACCAGUUCCUCCUCGUCCACUUCGUCUGUUUCCGCUUCUUCUUUGUCAUCACGCUAUAAAACUGAACUCUGUCGAUCUUUCACUGAGAACGGCUUGUGCAAGUAUGGAGGAAAGUGCCAGUUUGCCCAUGGGCCAGAAGAGCUACGUGAUCUAAACAGACAUCCGAAAUAUAAAACUGAGCUGUGCCGUACGUUUCAUACAAUCGGCUUCUGCCCCUAUGGGAUCCGCUGUCAUUUUGUCCACAACAGUGAGGAAGAAAAGAAGCUCUCGUUCUCUCGUUCCUCCUCCUCAAACAUUCCUCAGCAGCCGCCCUCUUCUUCCCGCUCACAUCGACCACCUUUUAUCCGACAGAGUUUCAGCUUCUCUGGGUUUCCCUCUGCUCCCCAGCAGGCCCUUCAGUCUGCCCUCACUCCUCACGUUUCUCCUGCCACCGCCUCAUUCACAUGUCCUCCAGCGGCCUCUCCUCCUUCCUGCACUGACAUUCCUGAUCUUCUCUCCCGGGGCUUCCUAGAUAUGGACUCUGCUUUUGAGGCCUCCCCUGCUCAGCAGUACCAGUCUCCCGUGGGUCAGACCACUGCAGCCGAUCCCAGGUCUCCAUUCAUGCCUUCCCCUGACUCCGGCUAUUCCCCAUGUGGGCUGUCUCCAACUAGCUCCCCCUGCUUGAGGCAGAGCCCCAGUAUUGCAGGGGUCCUUUUGGGGACACUUGGUGCCAGAUCCCUGUCCCACACCUCUCUUUCAGACCAGGAUGGAGUCAGCUCUGCUGGUUCACUCAGUGGCUCAGAAUCAUCUGGAGGCAUUAACGAAGCCAAUGGUAAACGUCUGUUAGUUUUCAGUCAGCUCUCUCUUCCUGAAGAUGCCACUGGGUUCUGCCUUUAAGCUGUAGAAUGCUGGAACACACACACACGCGAAUGUCUGGAUGCAUCCAUACACCGUAUAUGCAGCAUACACGUAGCCAUGCUUAAGAACACAAACCCACACUCCCCUCUCAUGCACUCACCGACAUCCAAGACAUUCUAAGUAUUCUGUGUGAAACAAAGACCUAGUGACUUAACAUAUUAUCACACUGCCAUGUCACUGUCAUUCGCACAAGGCACAGUGAUGCUAAAGCUAAAGUUUGUGUGUGUGUUGAGUCACCACAACAGUAUAUCUCAAAACAGAUGUUUAAUAGUGUUGGAAACCUUUGAAGCUUUAUCAAAAAUAGUAUGCUGAGAGAGCAAAUUGCAACAAAGAAUGUUGUUACAGUGUGAAUUUGUUAAUUUCCUCCUGUCAGCAUAUUGUGAAUGAUCUAAAGAAUGUAAGAAAGCCAAAGACAUGCGUUUGUUGCUCAUUCAUUUCAGUGGGACAAACACAAUGUGACCCUACGUGUAGGAGUUCCUCCAUUAAAUGUACACUGUGUUGUUUAUAAGUUUGUGAAGUAGGUUUUUUUUUUUUUGUUUGUUUGUUUGUUUUUUUUUUCUUUUUGUGGGUCUACUAUGUUUAGAUCGCUGGCCUCGAAUCUGAAUGUUAAUGUUUUUAAACAAUGUACCUGUAGUGUUAUUUGCCAAGUCCUGUUACGUUGUUGAACCAAGAGUUGCAGCUUUGU